GGAAAGGAGGGAGGAGUGGGAGAGAGGAGGAGAGAGGGAGAAAGUGAGCUCACGUUCACACAUUGGUGAAGAGGCUGGUCUUGCAAUGCCUUUGAAUAUUUUACUUUUAGGCAGUUCCUCACCAGUCAGCCACACACAUCCGAGGCGAGCUGAAGCUAACUACAGCCAUGGACAGCACUAGGAGAUCUCACAUCUAAUCGCACGCAUCAUUCCUCCGGGAUAUUUUUUUUAAAUUCCAUAUCUAAACACGCCGACAGGCAGCUGCACUCGCACACACUCGCGCACACACACACACACACACACACACACACACACAUCCACACGUCGCAGAGCCGCCGAGCAAACACCUUGUCUCCUCUCGCAGGAUAUACCCGCUCACACACAUCUCUCUUUAUCUCCUCCUGGCUUCCCGGAGGAUCCUGCCGGCUGUUUUUCAUGGAGAAAGUCCAGGGAGAAAUGGAGAUUGAGAGAUGGGAAAGAAGUGAAGAAAUUUCGGACGCAGAAAAAAAGGUUAUUCAAGAGAUAUGGAGCAGAGUAUAUGCAAACUGCGAGGACGUUGGGGUCUCCAUACUCAUCAGGUUUUUUGUGAACUUCCCCUCGGCCAAGCAGUACUUCAGCCAGUUCAAGCACAUGGAGGACCCGCUGGAGAUGGAGAGGAGCUUGCAGCUGCGCAAGCACGCUCGGAGGGUCAUGGGGGCCAUCAACACUGUGGUGGAGAACCUCAACGACUCUGAAAAGGUCUCCUCUGUCCUGGCCCUGGUGGGCAAGGCCCAUGCCCUCAAGCACAAAGUGGAGCCCAUCUACUUUAAGAAACUCACUGGUGUCAUGCUGGAGGUCAUUGCUGAGGAAUAUCCCAACGAUUUCACCCCGGAGGCACACGGAGCCUGGACCAAGAUGAAAACCCUCAUCUACACCCAUGUGACAGCAGCCUACAAGGAGGUGGGCUGGGCUCAGUACCCCAGUGCCACCCUGUGAGCGCCCAGGGGGCCACGAGAGGGGCAGGGAGGGCUUCGCUCACCCCAGGACUUCACUCUGGUCUCUUCUCAAGGUCUUUGCUCGGUUUGGGGAGCCCGGUAGGGCCAGUUCUGUCAGCUGCCAAGUCACAAUUUGAUCUCCAUGGGGUUUAAAAACAAACUAAACAAGCCAAAAAAACCACAGAACCGUGAAGGGUGUGGGUGGGUCGAGGUGAAGCAGUUGCAGGGGACGCUGGAAGGGGAUGCAGAGGGCGAGGGGAGAGCAUUGGUUGUUGGCUCCAUCUUCCUGUCCUGGCCUGUCCAUCACCACCUCCCAAAUCCUGCACCUCACCUGCACCAUCUCAAAGUCCCUUGCACAAGUGCUGCCGCCCUGGUCACUGAGGAACAACACAACCUUCAUUUUCCAUGUGAAGCUCCUGGGUAAACCUGGCUUUUGGGGGGCACACCUGGAGACCUCUGACUGGCACCGAGAACGCUUUGCUUUGCACUUUGGGGUAUCACCUGGCAGGGCUGGCAGCCAGAGCCACUCUGGGUGCUCCAGGUGGGCAGCAGCGCUCGCCUCUCCUGUCACCCGCAGUCCCUGGCCUUGGCUGGCUGCUGCAAACCCCCCUGGGCUGGGAGAGGAGCUCCCCCACAGCACCAGAGAGGGGGAAGGAGGGGGAUGCCUUUGGGGGGAUCCCUCAUGGCUCGGAGCCUGGUGUGUAGGUGGGGUUCCUGUGUCAUAUGUGGGGAGCUGGUGAGUCCAGCCACUGUCCUCCAGCUCCCUGAGGAGGGGCUUGGGUAGCACAGGAUGUGCCCUGGCAGCUGGUGUGUGUGGGUCUGUCUGCCCAGCUCUGCCCUCUCUGUGAGAAGGGGGGUCAGGCUGUGACUAGGGGAAGGAGAGAUGGCACAGAUGUAUCAGGAGGGAUUUCUGGUUACGAGGAAAGGUCCCUUCUCUGUUAAAAUUUAAUAAACACCUUGUAUAGAGCAUAUUCCUGCCCUCGUGGUGACACUGGGUUCCUCCAAAUAAAGUGCCUGGCAGAAAUCAGCCCACGCAGGAGCUGUGUCCCUCCUGGGGACAGCAGGGCUCCUGCCUGUGCCUGACAAAGGCUUCUCCCACACCCCCCAGAACGUGGCUGCAGGGCUUGGAGCACUCAUCCCGCCUCCAACACCAACUCCUCCUGAACCUCCAGGUCAGUCUGCCUGGUUUGUGCCUCAGUUUCCCCUGCAGAUAUGAACAUGGGAGGAGGAGCAGCAAGGCAGUUGCCUCCUUGCCCACAUGUGGUUGGAUUUAUCACAUUUCUGGGAACUGCAUGGCAGAGGAUUGAGGAUGAAAUGUCAGAUGUGCUGGGAAUCUUUGGAAUCCUUGCCACCCAAUAUUUCCCUAAAGGCCUCUGCUAUUUUUAGAGCUCAAGCAUUAAGGGCAAUGUUAUCUGUUGAAGUGGGAGGAGGGUUCCCUUCUGAGAUUCCCUCUGGCCUCGCUCCACCGCUGUCCUGGAGAGCUGGCAGCUUCCUGAGAGAGACCAGCUCCUCUCCUGGAUGCCAGCUGGACAGGCAACAAGCCCACACUUCCAGCUGGGAUCCCCACAGCCACCCUGGGGACAUCCCUCCACUGUGGGGGCAGUGUCACUCCUCCAGAGCAGACAGACAGAAACUCCUGCUUUGCUCACCUGUGCUUUUAACCAUCCCCAGGAACAGGUUUAUUACGUCUCAAAAUAGCCCCAGGACUCCAAUAAUGUCACUGCAGCCACUCUGGCCUUGCAGUUCUUUCCUUCCUGCAUCCCACACUACCACUGAUGGAGAGGAGCAGCAGGGCCUGGAGCAGUGGCAUGUCCUGGGCACCCACGGAGAGCUGGGUGGCAAUGACAGCUGGGGCACAGCUGUGCUUGGCAUGGCAGCAUGCAGGAUCCAGGGGGACAGGCACAGGGUGACAAGUGGUGCUGCCUCGCUCAUGGGGCGGGAUGUCAGAGUCAGCAUCCCCAAAAUCCAGCCCAGCAGCCCGCACUGGUGAAGGUGCCAAUGGCUGCUGCCUCCAGCUCGCUCUGGAGUGUCACAGCAGAGGGGCAGUGCUGCUGCCUGGGCUGGGGAUGGAUGUUGGAAAAGCCUGUUCAGCCAUUGCCUCCCCUCCAGCACAGGACUGGAGAGGGAUCACUUGGAUCGAGACUGUUAGGUGCCAUUUGUGUGUGUGCACAUCACGGGACUCACGAGCACGGCUUUGCUGACUGCUGCCAAGGCCUUGGGGCCAGCAGCACAUAUUUGUGAGGAGUUCAUUUCUCUGAGGAGUUCAUGUACUCCCUGUGCUCUGUGGAUGCUGGGCCAGGGAUGUUUCCGUCCAGGGAUGUUUCAUCUUUAGACAAAAUUUGCACGUUAACCUUUGAGGUUAAUAAUCUCCAGGUGGGAAUUUUAUUUUUGCAGCGCAAAUCCUUCCCCUCCCUCCCUCCCUACAACCAAACCUGGGCUCCCAGUCUGCAGAGAAGCUGCUUUGGAGCGUCUGGAAAUCCUCCAUGCUCAUGCCCAACCUACCCGUGUGCCUUGGCUUUUGGGGAGCAGCAGCAGGGAGGUGCCCCCACCUCCCCAUUAAACAGUGCUUUGGUUUCUCCUUUCUUUUUUUACAUCCCUAGAAAAAGCUGGCCCGUGGCCCCCUGCGCCCACGUGUGCGUGGGCUGGGCUUGGGGUUUUUUCCAGGCACUUUUUCCUAAAGCAGAUCCAGAUGUGUGCAGCUGCUGUCCCUCGAGGAGCAUCCCCCCCCCAUCAGCCAAAUUGCAGGCCACUCCAAAAGCUGCAAACAAAACCACGUUUAUUUUUAUCAGCUUCGUAGGAAGUAACACGGAGCAGGAGGGCGGCCGGGGCAAGGCUCGGGAGGGGAGGGGAGGGGAUGAAACGCCCACAGCAGAGGAGGCACUGCUGAAAUCCAGCAACAUUCUCAUCUGGGGAGAGAUGAAGAUCAACAGAGUAAGGAAAAAGUACCAUUCCAGAGUGACAGGGCUGAUAAAUGCCAUGUGGAAGAGCAGAAAGGGGACGGGGGGGGCAUGUUCUGGCUCUGUGCAUGGCUCUGCAGCACACACACACACACACACACACACACACACACACACACACACAUCCAUGCACAGCCAUUCCCUGUCCCUGCCAGCCCACUGAUGCCACCACAGCUGACUGGGGGCCCCUUUAUCCCCCUUUUGUUCAGGUCUUGCUCUCUGGGGCUUGGCCUUUCACUUCCUGGCACACUUAGGCUGAGCUUUGCUCUCCUUGGUGCUGGCAGGUAGGGACCAACUUGCAAAGUCUUUUCCCCAAAGCUCACGGGUGAGAAGCUGAGGCAUCACUGCCAGCACAUGUUGGGGGCCAGCUGGUCUCUCCCCUGCCCGUGGAGGAUCCUUGUGCCCCCCAGACCCAGCCAACCCCUGGCUUGGAGCUGUGAUCCAGGUGGGAAAGCCUUUGUGCCCCCUGCCAGAGGCAGAGAAAUGCUGAGGGAGGGAGGAUUUGGCAUCCCUGGGGCAGGGUCCUCCUUGAGCACCUGGUCCUGGUCUCUUUGGUAUCACCCCCUCACAUCAACCUGCUGGUGUGUCCUCCCCUGAAGCUCAGGGUUUGUGCAGAGGGAGUUGAGCAGAGUGGGGGGCGCUGGGGUGGGAUGGAGCAGAUCCCACCCACCAUGUGUCCCCCUCCACAGCCAACAUCCACGGCAGUUUAGCUCUGCAGGCACCCAGCUGGAGAGACCCCCCAACACCACCAGAACCAUUAUGGGCCUCGUGCCACCAACCUCUUCUUCUCUUGGGGGGUGACAAAUCCCCAGGGCAGCCGAGCUGUGAGCUCCCCAGGGAGGUCCUCUCGCAUCUCUGCCACUUUGUCCCAGGAAAGGGUCACAGCAUCUCCCCACCAUCUGAAGGGAUGCUCAGUGACUUCAGGGGGACCAGAUGUCACCUGGCUGGAUUCUGGUGCCAGCCCUCAGCCUUCCCUGCCCGUGGCCAUAGGGAAGCUGCCCUGGGAUGUGGGAGCCAGCAGCAGCAGCGGCAGGCAGAGGGAUAAAAGGGAAACCCACACGCUGACCUUGGACCAGCUUAGGGAAAGGGAAAAGGGAGGGACAAAACCACCUGCCUGGCUCUGAGCUCUGUGCCAGGCUGCAGCGCUCAAUUCUUUUUCCACAGCUGAAGUUGUCUCUAAUUGUUGGUAUGUCUGCCCCAGCCCCAGCGUGACCCACGGACACGAGUGGGCUCUGAUGUAACUCCGUGUCCUCCCCUGUCCCUGCUGCAGAUCCUGUUCAUGUUCGUGUUCCCCGUGCUGGUUUUAUACCUGAGUUCUGUGUACAUGGGUGUAACUUGUUUUUCUUUUUUGUAGGUUUUUAGUAUGUUUGUAACCGGACAAAAUGGUGUUAUCAAACUGAAACUUGUAUCUUCAGUGGAUAAAUCAAUCAAACCCCCUCCA